UUCUCCUUCUGUCCAUCCCCCUCCGCCUGCUGGUCAGUCAGACAGAGAACUCUACAGGAACCAGUAGAGAGGUUUCUGGACCAGGGGGAGAAGAACUCCUCACAUCUCUGAGCAGGUGGAAAGUUCUUGGAGUCGAGAAGAGGAAGGACGUCAUCACCUAUGAAGAGUCUGACUGAGACAAAGUGACAGCAGCUCAGAGAUCCCUAUCCUGCAGAAAAUGAAAAUCUGAAAGUGUUAGAAAAAAUAUAUAUAGAUAUAAGGUCCAGUCAAAGGUCAAUCAAAGUGCCCAGUUUUCCCGAACCAUCAAACAGCUUUCCUUUCCCUUUCCCUCCCACCAACCUUUGGAAUGGAUUCCGGUCUGUUCCAAGUCAUGCUUCCCCUCAUCCCCUCCUUCAUUCUUGUGCUUCUGGCUGGACCAGCGAUGCUGACCCCAUCAACCAUCAGGGAGUUACAGGUCAGAGAUCAGAGGACACCAAGGGCAGCUGAGCAGGACUCUAUCAAGGUAGUGAUCUCAGAGGGAUGUUCCUCUCAGGGGGAUUCAUCUGAUAUGAGCCAAGGAGGUAAAGAAAUUGAUCUGGCACCCGGCUCUCCUCUGGUGCUGACCCAUAAGAUCAAACUGGUUCCAUCAGGGUCAGGUUCUGGGUCUUGUGGCUGUGAUGCAGACUUCGCUGCCCUGCGGGAGCGGUUAGAAAGUCUGGAGCGGGAGAUGUCUGACCUUCGGGGGAAGUGCGGAGAAACAGGAGGAAGCUGCUGCACCUCUGAGAGCAAAGGUGCUGGCUGCUCCAUAAAACCCGACAACGAGGAAUGUCCUAACGAGUGCAGUGAUCAGGGUCGCUGUGUGGACGGCAAGUGUGUCUGCUUCCCGGGCUACAGCGGGCCGGACUGCAGCAAGUCGGGAUGUCCCGGGAACUGUGACGACCACGGGAGGUGCGUGGACGGAGAGUGCGUGUGCGACCCUGGUUUCUCCGGCCCUGACUGCUCCCAGAAGCUCUGUCCGGACAACUGCAGCGACCGUGGGAGGUGUGUGAACGGCCAGUGCGUGUGCGAUACUGGUUUCACAGGUCCGAGCUGUUCCGAACAAUCUUGUCCCAGAAACUGCAACAGAAGGGGGCAAUGCGUCAAUGGCCAGUGUGUGUGCAACGCCGGAUUCACAGGUCCGGAUUGCUCCAAAAAGGGCUGUCCGGAUAACUGCAACAAUCGUGGCAGAUGCGUCAACGGUAAAUGUGUUUGUGACACCGGCUUCACUGGUACUGACUGCUCUAAGGUCACCUGUCCAGGGAACUGCAACAACAGGGGGAGCUGUGUCAAUGGACAGUGUGUUUGUGAUGAUGGCUUCACCGGCAAGGACUGCCAGGACAAAACAUGCCCUAAUGACUGUAAUAGACGCGGGAGAUGUGUGGAUGGACGUUGUGUCUGCAACAAACCCUACACAGGUACUGACUGCUCUGAGAUCACCUGUCCAGGAAACUGCAACAGCAGGGGGCGCUGUGUCAAUGGACAGUGUGUUUGUGAUGAUGGCUUCACCGGCAAGGACUGCCAGGACAAAACCUGCCCUAAUGACUGUAAUAGACGCGGGAGAUGUGUGGAUGGACGUUGUGUCUGCAACGAACCCUACACAGGUACUGACUGCUCCGAGACCACCUGUCCGGGGAACUGCAACAGCAGGGGGAGCUGCGUGAACGGACAGUGUGUUUGUGACGACGGUUUCACUGGUGCAGACUGCUCUGAACAAAGCUGUCCCAGCGACUGCAGCAACCGUGGAAGAUGCGUUGACGGCCAGUGCGUCUGUGAGGGCGACUUCACCGGUGACGACUGUUCCGAGCACGCCUGCCCCGGGAACUGCAACAACAGGGGGCGCUGCGUUGACGGGCGAUGUGUUUGUAAUGAGGGAUUCGCCGGCGAAGAUUGCUCUCAACAAGCCUGUCCCAACAACUGCAACAACCACGGGAGAUGUGUGAACGGAAAGUGCAUCUGCGACGUUGGGUUCAGCAGACCGGACUGUGCUGCCAGAGGCUGUCCCAAUGACUGCAGCGGCAAAGGACAGUGCAUCAAGGGAAAGUGUGUUUGCCGUCGAGGAUUUACUGGACCUGACUGCAGCCAGUGUAAAGAGGGCUUGACUGGACCAAACUGUAAUAUUGCCAUGACAGGUGUGUCCCAGCUGAGCGUUGAGGACAUCACAGAGUCUUCUGUCACUUUGAUUUGGACCCAACCUGUUGUUCAAUAUGACACUUAUUACAUCACCUUUACCAGCCAGAAGGAGACAGAUCAGCAGCUCACCCUGGAGGUGGAUGGGAGCCUGACCACCUUCACUCAGACGGGCCUGGCAGCCGGUCAGGAGUACAUCGUCAGCAUCGUUGGAGAGAUUAACGGCAGGAGGGGAGUUGAGAGCACAGCUGAAUUUAUGACCCUCAUCUCUGGUCCGAAAAACCUCCAAGUUGUCAAGACCACCACCACGUCAGCAGUAGUCCAAUGGGAGCAGGCGCAAGGAGAGAUUGACAGGUACCGUUUAACCGUCACACCCAACGACGGAGCGGGGAGGACUCAGGAAAUGACCGUAGAAGCUGGCCAAAGCUCUGCCCAAAUACAGCAGCUAGAAGCGGGCCGUUUGUAUGACGUGUUGUUGGUGGCAGAGAAGGGCGUGAUCCGUAGCCAGCCAGCGACCGUCCAGGUGGUUCCCGGCAACACUUUCCCAAAGGCGACUAUCGAGGAUUUGACCAUGCGGGUCACGCAAGCGCCAGGGCAAGACGUUGGCAGCAUCAGCAGAGACGUCUCAGCCUCUGUGUCUGCCAGAACUGGACCAUCGCUCAACAGUCCGGUGGCAAGAAACAAUACCAGACUCAAAUUUAGAAGGCCCCAGCCGACAAAGCCGUGGCUGUUCAAUGCAACCAGAGUUGUGCCUGGACGAAGACCUUAUGUGCCUCGUCCUUUGCACAAAAACCCAAUGGUGUCGAAAAAAAGCGAACAGAAAGAAAUGAAUAAAACUAAACCAGAUGUCCAUAUCAUCAAGGAAUCUGUGACAGACCAGAGUGAAGAGGCAUCAAGCUCUGAGAGGAGUGGUAACCAAAGUCCAGCUGUGAUGCCUGGGAGUGAUUUCGAUCCAAACGGGGAAAGGACCUCAGAGGAACCAUCUUAUGCUGGCUCACAAAGGCAACCAGAUGCUGGCAUUGCUGAGGCUGAAAAUGACACUCAUUCAGUGUCCUCGGAACCAACAGGGAAUAUUCACAGCCAGGAGAAGAAGUGUUUGAAUAAAAUUAAGUUAACUCAUGUCAGAUUGCCUUUAAAGAACAGAGGCAACGGGUGCAGAGAGGAUGGGAUAGGAGGCAAAACAUUAAGUCCAGAGGAAAGGUCGAGCCCAGAGGAAAUGCCUCCUAAUGAAGAGAAGGGCCUAGAUCACCCACCAGACCCUUUACACAAACUUAUAACUGAUACUUUUAGAGAUAUUAAUAUCACAACAAUCUCAGUCCAGCUGGCGGAACCGCUGAACCUCUCGGUUGAUGCAGAUAUGAUAAGCAAACAGAUUUUAAGGGGUCUGAAGCCGUUUCCUUCACUCUUAGCCUCUUCCCCCUUAACUGCACAAUCGUCCUAUGUAUCAGACACCAAAUCAUCAUCACCUGCUGCAGAACCACAAUCCUUACCACGCUCCUCACUAACAGAUUUAAUACAAUUACCUUCCUCAUCAAAACCGUCCCUGCCUCUGUCCUCUCCAUCAUCGUCCUCAACCAGCUUGGAUGACUUAGAAUCACAAGGAAGCAUUGAACUGGACUCUAGCUCCAAUGCAGGACAUACGGAGAAUAGCGACCUACCUAGUUCAGAAGAAAGUGGCAAACCCCCUUUCCAAUACACUCAUCCAAAACGGGGAUCCGCACGUCGCUCCUACCCAAAACUUGAAUUAUUUCAAAACAAACCCCAUCAUCAUUUGAGUGAUCCUGUCAAUUCUGCCCCCAAUUUAAGAAACACCUCAGUGAAGGAAACAAAGAAUGUAUCAUCUUCACCAUCUUUGUAUGCUUCAAGAAAAUCACCCUCACUGGAAGCAAAUCUACCUGUGAGGGACGGUAAUGGAGAGGGAGACGGAAUAACCACAAAUGCAACCGCCGGGAUGAAAGAGAGCCAAAAACACAUUCCGACAGAACGUUUACGUAUCCCUCUGCGACGCCCCCCUCAGAAGGGGACUUACCUACGCCGUCUGCCUCCAAACCUUCACAACAGAACCCGGCCAAUUUCAAGGGAUUUGACUCAACACUCCAAGUCUUCAAAUUCAAACACAGAUUCCCUGAAAGAACAGAUGCUUCCCAUUGCAUUGACAAAAACAUUUUCUAGAGACACUGUGCCAUCUGAUACUGUACCUGUAACUGAAGGAAAUGAAGAAAGAACCGGGGCAAGGUUCCCCAAAACAAGCGUCUCAAAUGAGUUUCAUCAAAUUACAAGGGAAACAGCUUUGCCUUCAUCCCGCCAGCCAAACCUUCGCCACCCACACCAACGUGGUGAAUCGGUCCAAAACAAAACAUUUACAAACCCGAGAUACCGCCAACAACCUCACCGAGGUACAAUACGCCGACCUUUCUUUAAGAAUAAGCUAGAUGGAAGCACCUCUACGAUUGGAAACCAAACUAAUGAACUAGGAAAAGAAAGUGCUGUUAACAAUCCUGAAUCACAAACAGGAAAGCAAAAUGUACACAGGUUUACCCAUAGCUUCCAAAGGAAUCUUUCAGGUGAACAGGUCAAUGGCAUGUUAAGACAAAAGGCAGGUAUGCAUGAACAGAAAACCCCUGUUAGCACAGAAAACGCCCUGAUGCAACCGGACACUCAUACAGGUUCGGACAUUAAAGAGAGAGAUGAUACUGACAGAGAUACUGGUGCCACAAAUCAACGUAGCCCAUCUGUUCAAACUGAUUUUAAACACUCAAGACUAGUCACACUUCCAAGGGGACGACCCGCAUCUACAACUAUUAUAGCGCAGCAUCAAGAUGGCCAAAGUAUCGAUGGAAUACAAACGAAAGAGCUUUCAAAAGCCAAUCCUACUGCAACAACAGCUUUUGAUACUGAAACUGAGGAGUCAGAAGGUCCUGCAUCUGAGGUUUCUUCUUCAGGAGACAAAAGAGAACCUCUGGACUUUGUUGGCGUGACUAACCAGACCUCUGAUGGAUUCACAGUCAUAUGGGAUUCGCCAGAAGGCAAGUACAAAAACUUUGUUGUAAGUAGAACAGAGGCUGAGACAGACGAAGGGCCAAAGCAGAAGGAAGGUAAACAAGACGAGGUUAAGGAUCAACAUAGCAGCGAAUUAUCCUCAGAACAUGGAGGUGGUAAGGACAACAACAAAGUACCUGAAGACUUCCAAGUCCCAAAUGCCCAAAAAGGUGCAGCGGACAAACCAACAGACAAGGACAAACCCUUCAGACAAGUGCUGCCCGGUUCUGCUCGCUCCCUCCAGUUUGAGCAUCUACGUCCUCAGACGGAGUACACCAUAACUUUGCUUGGAAAAGGUCCUGGCGUUCUAUCCAGACUGCACAAGCUUGUCAUCAGUACAGGGCCAGAGCCUCCAUCCAACAUAGUGUUCAGCAAGGUGACGGAAAACUCUCUGACAGUGUCAUGGACAAAGCCAAAAAGUUCUGUUAAUAGUUUUAAAGUCACUUACACCAACGUAGAUGAUGGCGAGCCGGUGUCUGUGACAGUGGGCUCACAGGACUCCAACGUCGGUCUAUCUCAGCUGUCUCCCGGAUCCACUUAUGAAGUCACCAUCAUCUCCACCCUUGGACUGGACGAGAGUGAUCCAAUCAAGGAUUCUGUCAUGACACUGCCUGACCCACCCACUGACCUGCAAGCAGUCAACGUUACUGACAGCAGUGCAUUGCUACUGUGGCGUCCAGCGCUGGCCGCCGUUGAUAAUUACGCCAUCGUAUACGGCUCAGGUACAGACUCAGAACUGAGGGUCAGUGUUUCUGGAAAUGCAGCCGAGCAGCAGCUCAGCGGUCUUGAAGGAUCCACCACCUACACUGUCACCAUAACAAGUCAGCUGGGCAGCCAGGAGAGUUCACCGGCUACAACCAGUUUCACCACCAAAAGCGGCUCAGGGUGGAAUCAGGGUGAAGCUCAAGAUCUUAGGGCCAACAAUGUGACCCCUCGGAGUGCUGUUGUGUCAUGGACACCAUCGUCAAAUCCUGUGGAUAAGUACAUAUUGGUUUAUUGGAUCAGCGGUCAAAACCCACAGGAAAUCAUUGUCAACCCAAACAUAACACAGUACAAACUGACCAGACUGCAUCCAGGGUCUCUGUACACUGUAGAGCUACGGUCCAUAAGGGGAGGACAAAAGACGAACAUUAACACUGAGUUCACCACUGGCACACUGCGGUUCCCAUUCCCCACCGACUGCUCCCAGGAGCUGCUGAACGGCAUCUUCACUUCAGACGUGGUGGAGAUCUUCCCUCAGGGAAAACCCGGCAAUUCGAUGAAUGUUUACUGCGACAUGGAAACAGACGGCGGCGGCUGGACGGUCUUCCAGAGGAGGAAGGACGGCUCGGUGGACUUCUAUAACCGCUGGAAGGAAUACGUCUCUGGCUUUGGAGAUCUGACUGGGGAGUUCUGGCUUGGCCUUGACAGAAUUCACAACCUGACCAAGAUGACCAAGAUGAAUCUACGGGUCGACCUAAGAGACGGAGACGAGCGCGUGUUUGCUAAGUAUUCAACAUUUGAGGUGGCCAAGAGGAACUACAAGCUGAGUGUGGGCGGGUACAGCGGCACUGCAGGUGACUCCCUUACCUACCACAACAACUGCGUCUUCUCCACCAAAGACCGAGAUCCGGCCCGGUGGGUCACCCGCUGUGCCAUAUCUUAUCAAGGAGGCUGGUGGUACAAAAACUGCCACGAAGCAAACCUGAACGGCCUCUAUGGAAUCGACUACAAGCAUCAGGGUGUCAUCUGGAAGUCAUGGAAAGGAGAGGACCAUUCCAUCCAGUUCACAGAGAUGAAGAUGAGACCAGCCUCCUUCACGUCUCCAGUCCGUAGAGCAAAGUGAGAACUAGGAUGAUGGACUGUUAGAAACGGUGUCCACAUAUGUACACACAUAUUUUAGCAAAAGCCUUGCUCUCAUUUCAGGAUAGAGAUUUUUUUUUCCCCCGUUUGUACAAAGUCAGUUUGUUAGUGUUCAAUUGUAUAUUGUGAAGUUUCUAUCUUUUCAGAAACAGUUGAUCCAGGUUUUUAGCCGGUACCUUAAUAAGCAGCCACUUUUUUGUCUCUAGUGCUAAAAGUUUCAGAGAUGCAAAACCUUCAUAUAUACAAUCCAGAACUGACCCAGAAAAAAAAUCUUUCCAAACAUUAAAGAUUAGAAAAGGCUGGGCUGUGAAGUCCCUAAAGUUUGCAUUUUAAUAAAAUUAAAAUAGACGAAUUGCACCAGCAACACAACAUCAUGUACUGUAGUAACUUUCGUAAUAUGAGAAGACAUAUUAAUCAUGCUUUUAGUUGAUGAGGAAGUUUCAGUAGAAAAGUGGCUUGUAUGCUUAAAAAGUGUUCUAAAGAUCUAAAGAUGCUUCACAUUAAAUCAUUAUAUUCACACAUCAAAAACCACUGGUUAAAACAGGCAGAUUUUGAGGAUUUUCUACAAAACAUGCUGGAUGAUGGUCUCUCAGUGACUUUCAAAAAGGAAUGUCUUUUUAGUGUCAAAAUAAAGAAACCUUGACCAUCAUUAAAGACACAUGUUUCAAGACGUGUGUGUUCAUCAUUUGCACAAUCGCCUUAAAAGCCCCACUUCAAUCCAUCACAAAAAGUCAGCAUUUUCGAAUUAAUUCAGUUCCAAAACUUUCAUGGAGAAUUGCCCCCAUCUAGUGAGCAGUACAACAAAAUCAGAACAUCAGUACUGAUCGAUAUAAUUAAAAAAAGUUUUUUUUUAGCUGUAUCAGUUUAAACGUGGCCUGGUAUUUAAAAUUUCAAUCUUCUUUUAUGCUUCAACGUCGGAAAUAUCAAACCUAAUCGAGAGCUACAAAGAGAAGACUCGUCAGAAUAAAGACAUUUGGAUGAGUUUGUAAAACGUAAGCAUUAAAAAUAAAAAUCAGUCAAAACAAAUGGAAAGGUCACAGGGAACUUUGACUAAAAAACAGUCCGUUGAGACCAGCUUGAAUGGUUUGAAAGCUUCUGCAGGUCUGAAGACCUUAAAUUCAAAGUAAAAAAGCCUGGUUAAAAUGUUAAUGUAAGACAUUACUCACUUUAAACUAAGCUGUAGUCACUCGGGACCAUUACUGAAGUUCUUUGCUAAAUUGACAGCUCAAGUAGAAAUAUACAAUGAAAGGCUGUUAAAGAGAGAAGGUAUAGUGUGUUAAAGAUGGCUGCAGCUCCAGGUUGAUGUCUCAGUUCAUAAACUGUUCUGUUUGCAGCGUUUGAAGCUAGUUUAUGUUCUCUGGCUGUCUUUUGUAAAUAAGCUUAUUGGUUGCUCCGAGUACAUUAAGUUUGUGCAUGUGUUUUUGCUCUGAACAUUUAGAAACUGCUAUUUGAAGUACUGAAAAUAUAAAGUAUGUGUAUCUUUUCUUACCAGAAGCCAAUCUAAAAAAUAAAAUAUUUUUUCCAUAUUUCUAAUUGGAUUCGACUGGAAUCAAGCCAGAGACAGGAUCUGAUUGUGUCUAUGUAAUCUUCCGUGACUUUCCUCCUCUAAAGCUCAGCAGUGCCCCCUACUGUCCACAGUCUCUCACUUCAGCGGGACUGUGGCUUCUCUGUGUAUGUGCAGAAAAACAGUUGUGAUGCACCUGCUGAGGUUCAGCUGCCAUGACAGGUGCAUCAUUGUCCUCAUUGUGUUUGUCUUUCUCUGUUUUCCUUUGUCUUUUUGUAAACAUAUCAGUGUUUUAUGUUAGAUUUUUUUUUCUACCUAUGGUCUCCUGUAAAAGAAUACAACAAUAAAAUGGUUCUGAAAUUUGA